AUGCGUAUAGCCCGAAACUUUGGUGCCAUGACUUGUAAUUCGUGUAAAGCCUUCUUCAGGAGGACUGGCCUUAAAAAUCAAUUGAGUUGUGCCUCAAAUGGCAAAUGCGAUAUCAAUGUAAUGACCAGAAACAUUGAAAACAGUGUUACAGACAUUACAUCCAAUGAGACACUUGUGGUGACGACAGAUAUAAAGGAAAAGCCCGAAAACAUGACAAUUGUUCCCAUGUUUAGGGAAAUCACGGAUUAUAACGGUUUGAAUGAAUUGGAAAACAAGCGGAUACGGGAACUGACGAGCGCUGCCCUUAUGUUAAAUUACAAAUUGUCUGAUAAUAUAAUCCGAGCGAACAGUUUAGACGAAAUGAUACAAACGUGUGGCUCUCGACAAGAGGAUGGAGUGUUGACCAUGGUCAAUUUUGCUAAAUCAUUGUCCGGAUUCAGUACGAUAUGCAGGGAUGAUAGGGUGGCGCUAAUGAAGUACGGCUACAAUGAUUUGCUGACAAUUCGCACGAUAAAGCUUUAUGAUAAAAGCGCAGAGAAUUUUUACAUCCCUUUAGAUCAAAUGAAUACUGUCAAGUUCAAUUUGAAUAUAUUUCAAUUGAACGAUCUCUAUUAUAAUCAUAUUACGACAAUGCUGAACGCAAUAGUUGAUGAAUGGAACCAUGGAGAUUCAAUCGCAAUUAACCUGGUCAAUUAUUGA